AUGACCUGUCAUUUCAAUCCAGUAGAUGUGUUUCUCUAUGGUCCUCAAGCAAUUCCUGCCGAAAUGCGAGCUGGACGACCGCAAACGACAGAGAAAAUACCGGCACAAAACAAUAGCGAUGGAAGUGACCAAAGAAAAGUGAACAGUGAGAAAAGUGAACAUGAGUCACCCAGCGAAUCAGGUCUCCUGAGCUAUUUCCUCCGUGUUCCUACUGAGCUGCUUCUAAAUAAUGAGCAGUCGUCUGAUUACGAAUCUUACGAUGAUUACGAAGAAAGUGAAGAAUAUUCUGGUGCAGUUUACGAGCAGGAAAUUGACGCUGAAACAGCAUUUAGUGAACAUUUUCGUCAACGUUUCAAGCCCGAAGACGCGUAUCGUUAUGAAUACAGAGUGGAGUACUCUCUUCUCUAUGGAAUUCUUCGCUUACCUGUCUCGUUUCGACACAAGCACAAUAUCACCACACUGUGGGCGAGGGUUGAUGCAGACUCAGAUUGCUUUGGAGAUGCUUUCUCUCGACGUGUAAUGCGUGCUGUCAUUGGAUUUGAAGAUGUUGUCAUGGCCAGUCUUCGGGCUCUUGCACAGAAUUCCAGUGAAGAUGGUCGGUUAUUUGAGUGCACAACAUUCUAA